CUGAUGAUCUUUUAACAGUGUUGCCAUUACAUGCACUUGUUGACGAUGGCCGAACAAGGCUGCAACAACGUCUUUACGAGGGAAUACAGGAAAGGGAACUGGACUGUCAACGAAAUGCUGGUGUUGAUCGAGGCGAAGGAGAUGUAUUACGAGAGGAGGAUGAAGAGCGACGGAAGAGGCAACAAACCGACGGAGCUGAGAUGGAAAUGGGUGGAAGAUUAUUGCUGGAAAAGGGAUUGUUCGAGGAGCCAAAACCAGUGCAACGAUAAGUGGGAUAAUCUCAUGCGCGACUACAAGAAGGUGAGGGAGUACCAGAGUAGAAUUGCCGCUGAUGGCAAGCAAGGAGGAGGGAGAUCAUACUGGGAGAUGGAGAAGAACCAAAGGAAAGACAACAACUUGCCUACUAACAUGUUGUGCCAGAUGUAUGAGCGUUUAGAACAGGUGGUGGAGAAGAAAAUAGCUCGAACGGUUGUGGCAGGCGGCGGCAGCGGUGAUGGUUCAGACCCCAAUGUUCCCAACUUACGUUUUGUUAUGGAUACACCGAUGACUAGUACUCUUCAGCCUUCAUUACCUCUUUUGCAACAACAUCGACUACUCCAAGUUCCUAUACCUGCUGCAGUUCCAUUCCCUCCACCACCACCACUGCCUUCAACGGCGGCUCCAGUUUCAUAUGUUCAACCACUGCCCACCGUAGAUUCUGAUACGAGCGAGUAUUCAGACUCACCAGCAAAGAGAAGGAGAAGAGGAGGAGGUAAUGGUGAAGGCACCACUAGUGACGGCAUCUCCGACGAAGUGAGCACGGCUAUCUCCAAAAGCGCUUCCAUUAUAGGAGAAGCCAACCAUGCCAGUGAAGAAAGAGAGGAGAUUCGACAUAGAGAUCUCCAAAACUUCCAUGAAAGAAGACUAAAGCUCGAAGAAUCCAAGACCGAGAUCAACAAAAAAAGAAUGGACGACCUGGUCGAUGCCAUUAACAAGCUUGAUAAUUCCAUCCUUGCUUUAGCUUCCCACAAGAGCCAGUCAUCAGCUCCAAAAUGAGAUUAAUUAAUCACAUUGGUAGUUGCA